GCGGCUGGUACUGCUUCAACCGGGAGAACUGCGACUCCAGAUAUGACAGCGUGCGGCGCCUCAUGAGCUCCCAGGACUGGCCCCGCACUCGCACAGGCACCGGGAUCCUGUCCUCCCAGCCAGAGGAGAAUCCUCACUGGUGGAACGCCAACAUGGUCUUCAUCCCCUACUGCUCCAGCGACGUGUGGAGUGGGGCGUCACCCAGGUCUGAGAAGAACGCCUAUGCCUUCAUGGGUGCCAUCAUCAUCCAGGAGGUGGUGCAGGAGCUGCUGACCAAGGGGCUGGGGGCGGCCAAGGUGCUGCUGCUGGCCGGGAGCAGUGCUGGGGGCACCGGGGUGCUUCUGAAUGUGGACCGCGUGGCCGAGCAGCUGGCAGGCCUGGGCUACCCAGCUAUCCGCGUGCGGGGCCUGGCCGACUCGGGCUGGUUCCUGGACAACCAGCAGUACCUGGGCACGGACUGUGUGGACGCCACCACCUGUGCGCCCACGGAGGCCAUCCGCCGCGGGCUCAGGUACUGGAACGGGGUGGUCCCGGAGCGCUGUCGGCGCCAGUUCAAGGAGGGCGAGGAGUGGAACUGCUUCUUUGGCUACAAGGUCUACCCGACCCUGCGCUGUCCAGUGUUCGUGGUGCAGUGGCUGUUUGACGAGGCGCAGCUGACGGUGGACAACGUGCACCUGACGGGGCAGCCAGUGCAGGAGGGGCAGUGGGCGUACAUCCGGAACCUGGGCCGCGAGCUGCGCAGCACGCUCCGGGAUGUGGCGGCCAGCUUCGCCCCUGCCUGCCUCUCCCACGAGAUCAUCACCCGCAGCCACUGGACGGACAUCCAGGUGAAGGGCACCUCACUGCCCCGAGCAUUGCACUGCUGGGAUCGGAGCCUCCAUGAUAGCCACAAGGCCAGCAAAGCCCCCCUGAAGGGCUGCCCUGUCCACCUGGUGGACAGCUGCCCCUGGCCUCACUGUAACCCUUCGUGCCCCACCAUCCGCGACCAGUUCACCGGGCAGGAGAUGAACGUCGCUCAGUUCCUCAUGCACAUGGGCUUCGACGUGCAGGCCGUGGCCCAGCAGCAGGGCCUGGAGCCCAGCACGCUGCUGGGCAUGCUGAGCAGUGGGAGCUAGGCGCCUGCAGCCCCUGCGUGUCAGCGCCCCAGUGCAGGCACCCCAGUGCAGGCCCACCCUCUGCCAGCCCUCUCUGGCCCCACCGCCUCAGGGGCCACAGCCUGAGGCAGGAGCUCUCCUGGGCCCAGCUAUGACCUGAUCCCCAUCACCCCUAGCCUGCGGAGGGGCCAGAAGCCAGAGAAAGCACUGGGUUCCCCUUACUCCCAGACAGCCCCGGCCUGCCCUGCCCCAAUCCCUUUUGUAUUAUUUUAUGAAGUGACCUUUUUUUAUUACUUUAAUUUUUUAAGGAAAGAAAAUUAUCAAGAAAUAUAUGAUGAAUUAUA